GUUUUUGUCUUUAUCCAUUAUUAUCAUCAUGUCCUCUGCACAACAAAUUGUUGAAGAAGCUAUCAAGAAUAACCGUGUCGUCAUUUUCUCAAAGAGCUAUUGUCCUUUCUGUAAAAAAGCCAAAGCUCUUUUUGAUGAACUUAAGGUUGAAUACACUGCUAUUGAAUUAGAUUUACAUGACCAAGGUGCUGAUAUUCAAGCCUAUCUUGCUGAAAAGACUGGACAACGUACUGUUCCUAAUAUCUUUGUCAAUCAAAAGCAUGUUGGUGGUUCUGAUGACCUUGCCAAAGCCAAAGAAAAUGGAACACUUGAAAAACUUCUUUAAUAUGCAAAAUAAUAAUAUGAAAAUAAAAUG